AAAAUAAAAAGCUAGUUAAUAAGAAUUUCAAAUAAAAUUUAUUUGAUUGAAAAUCGUUUUUUUGUAAAAAAAAAUGCCGAUCAAUAGAAUAGCGAUCGGGGCACCGGGAGAGGCUAGCCACCCGGAUGCGAUCAAGGCUGCGUUCGCUGAGUUUUUCUCGAUGGUCAUUUUCGUGUUCGCCGGUGAAGGAUCGGGCAUGGCGUACAACAAGCUGACGGGGAACGGUCCGGCCACGCCGUCGGGACUGGUGGCGGCGUCGCUGUCGCACGCGUUCGGAUUGGUCGUAGCAGUGUCGGUCGGAGCAAAUAUCUCCGGAGGGCACGUGAACCCGGCGGUCACAUUCGGAGCUUUCGUAGGUGGAAACAUUACGUUGUUGAGAGCCAUCCUCUAUUGGAUUGCUCAGUUGCUCGGCUCCGUCGUCGCUUGCUUGUUGCUCAAAAUCGGCACCGGUGGAUUGGAAACAUCGGCAUUCGCUCUAUCGUCAGGAGUGACACCAUGGAACGCGGUCGUAUUGGAGAUCGUGAUGACAUUCGGGCUGGUCUACACUGUCUACGCCACCGCCGUGGACCCCAAGAAAGGCGAUAUCGGAGUCAUCGCGCCGUUAGCCAUCGGCCUCAUCGUCGGAGCUAACAUCCUAGCCGGUGGAGCCUUCGAUGGAGCCUCCAUGAACCCAGCCGUCUCAUUCGGCCCGGCCGUCGUCAGCUGGACCUGGACCCACCACUGGGUCUACUGGCUCGGCCCUUUCGUUGGCGCAGCCAUUGCUGCUAUUGCUUAUGACACCAUCUUCAUCAGCGGCAGCAGCGGACACGAGCCUCUUCCUUCUAAUGACUUCUAAGUCUUUCUUGUUUCUUGAUUUCUUGUUAUGUUCUUAUCUUGAUUUUGUACGUGUCUGUUUUUAUCUAAGUUGUUGCACUUUUUGUACU